CCACUGCUGCUAAAAGACAACAAGAUUUUGAUUAAGAAAUAAACUUUUGUUAAAAGUGCACACAAAAGAAGAUAGCAAAACAAAACAAAAAUUUAUACGUUUUAAAAAUGAUAUGAAAUAAUUGCAAUCAUUAUGAUAAGAAUGUCAGAGCCGAAACAAACGGAAUGUUAUCGUGGUGCACUUUAGUUGUGAGAGCCGGCUAAGGGGAUUUGUAAUAAACGGGAAUCCAUAAAACACCCCAUUUUAAUUUAGUACAUCACCUUUAUGGAAUCACCGAAAGAUCGCAUAUUAAUCGAACCAUGUCUACCAGUGAUAGCUCCUGUUAUAAUUCAAACUUCUCAUGGUGAUGCGGAAGCGGAAACGCGUAUAAAUCUUUUAAAUGGUGACAAAGAAUUUGUUGAUAGUUUACGGCAAAAUAAACGCAUCUGGAAGAUUCCCUGGUUCAUAUUGAUAAUGUGCUCGCUUCAGGUCUCCUUGCAUUUAAUGGCCAAUCGAUGUGUACGUCAGCAGCUGAUGUUUAUGCCGGAUGGUGCGAGAGAAUAUUGGCGCUUUGUUACCUACAUGCUUUUACACUCAGAUAUUCUGCAUCUAACGAUGAAUAUUUGUUUACAGCUUGUGAUUGCCUUCUGCUUAGAGACUGAGCAAAGUCAUUGGAAGGUGGCAGUGAUUUACGUAAUUGGCGGAAUUUCUGGUUCAAUGGCCACUAGUUGCUUACAGCCACAGCUCUCACUAAUGGGUGCCUCGGCUGGCGUAUACGCGCUGCUGAUGAGCCAUAUACCACAUACGUUAAAGAAUUUCCAUUCAUUGGACCAUCGGUAUUUGCGUAUUUUGGCCUUAAUGAUAUUAUUUUUGAGCGAUAUCUGUUUUACCACCUUCCAUGUGCUCAUCAAUCACAACACCAAUCCACGCAUUUGUUUGGAGGCGCAUGUGGCAGGUGCCAUGGCUGGUCUGAUAAUGGGCUUCGUGAUAUACAAUACGCUGACGAAAAGCUCAAAGCGGUAAAGUAGGGCAGACGUAGCAUGGAUGUGUCGAAGGAACAGACGACAUUUGCCGCAGUAUCAAUUUGGCGUUAGUGCAAAAUCAUAUUACCUUUCAACUACAUGAUUAUCGAUGUGUGUGCCUCAUUUUUUUUUUUUUUUUUAAUUUAAUUUUCUUUAGGUCAUACUUACCUGUAAAUUAUCAAUGUACACAGUCA